UUUGCAGCUGAAGGACCUGUAUUUUGUUCUGGCCAUGAUUUAAAGGAACUGUCAAGUGAAGAUGAUGUGAAGCAUCAUUCCCAAGUAUUUGAAUUAUGUGCAGAGGUUAUGACUUUAAUCCAGAAACUUCCAGUGCCAGUGAUUGCCAAAGUAAAUGGCUUGGCUACAGCAGCAGGCUGUCAGCUGGUGGCAAGCUGUGACAUCGCGGUGGCAAGUGAGAAAUCUCAAUUUGCUACUCCUGGAGUAAACAUUGGGCUAUUUUGCUCCACACCAGCUGUGGCCUUGGGCAGAUCUCUUCCAAGAAAGGUGGCAUUAGAGAUGCUUUUCACAGGUCAACCUAUUUCAGCCCAAGAAGCAUUAAUUCACGGGCUCGUCAGCAAGGUGGUGCCAGAAGACAAACUGGAUGAAGAGACCAUGAAAAUCUCUCAGAAGAUAUGCGAAAGCAGCAAGUCUGUCCUGGCCUUGGGGAAAGCCACUUUUUACAGACAGAUAACCCAGGACCUCGACACUGCUUACAAAAUAACUGCUCAGGUCAUGGUAGACAAUUUGACUUUGAGAGAUGGGCAGGAGGGUAUCGAAGCCUUUAUUCAGAAGCGUAAGCCUGUCUGGUCACACUCUCAGGAGCAGAAGAAAUGAGUCUUGUCUCUAAGCUAACCUUAGCUGUGCUUUAUGUUUCUUCACGCAGUUGCCUUUGGGAACUCUAUUUUUGUUCUUACUCAAAGUUCUCUUCUCACAUAUGCCAGACACAAUAAACUUAUUCUUAAUAUGCAAUAAAUGUUAAGAAAAAUAAAAGAAAAUGGCUUUUCUCA